CCUAAAUUGUUGAGUACAUAAGAGGCUCCCUGUGUGCGACCCUCUCAGCAUUCAAGACCAGAGUGAGAGGGGAUCCAACUAUUCUGCCUUUCGGCUCAGCAGAGCUCAUCUUACUACUUCAACUCUACUGUCUUAUCUGGCCCCCCUCCCUCCCUCGCUGACUGCCAGCCUGAUUUGCUUCCCAGGGAACUUAACGGGAUCAGAAGAGGUUGCCGAGCGUUCUUUCAUCGAGUGCUGGAGCAGUUAGAGGCAGCCAGAGUCGUCAUGGCCAUGUCCCAGGAGCGGAGUGCGUGUCUGGGGCUCUGGGUGCUCCUUUUGCUUGGUGCAGGCAUGGAGGAAGUUGUGGAGGGAUGUAGCUGCCACCCAGCACACCCACAGCAGCUUUUCUGCAGCGCUGAGAUUGUGAUAAGGGCAAAGAUCUCUGGAGAGAAGAUUGUGUCGCCUAGCAACAGCUCCUCACCUUACAUGAAGAUGAUCCAAUACGAAAUCAAAAUGAUCAAGAUGUUCAAAGGUUUUGACAAGGCCAAGGAUAUCCAGUACGUGUACACUCCAGUCUUCUCCUCUCUGUGUGGGGUCAAACUGGACUCUAACAAUAAAGCAGGCUAUCUGCUCUCAGGGAGUAUGUGGAGUGAUGGGAGGAUCUCUAUUGGCCAAUGUGAUCUGGUCGAGUCCUGGGACAACUUAUCACUGUCACAAAAGAAGAAUCUCAACUACAGAUACCAGAUGGGCUGUGAAUGCAGAAUCAACACGUGUUACACAGUGCCGUGUGCGUCUACAGGAGAAAACGAGUGCUUGUGGACUGACUGGCUGCUGGAUAACAGCCUAAAUGGAGAGCAGGCUCGGCAGUACGCCUGCAUCCGCCGCUCUGACACAACCUGUAGCUGGUACCGGGGUGGACCUCCGCCCGAGAAAGACUUCCUGGACAUGACUGACCCUUGACCUGUAAUCCUGACAUUGAUUUCACUCCAUUUGAAUCCUGCAACGCCUCAAGAACAAAAAAAAAAAAAAGUCCUGCUUCGGCUUAUGUAGCUCAAAUUUGGCGUGCAAAGUAGCAACUGAUUUCACUGAAAAAUUGGCUGAUUUUUUAUUUUCAAGGGAGCUUAACUCACCGCUGAGCUUCUGUUUGCAGAGUUCAGGUGGUUGCUACAGCAAUGCUAGGAAAAGUUUUAUAAUCUGCAGGGGCUUUCAGCAUUCCUCUGACUCAUUUUCUCGCUCUCCACACAUUCCACUUCGCUUGCUGUUUUCCACAGAAUAAGAAUAGCAGCAGAUCAUCCACUGCAGAUUAUUCAACCCAGAGUGAAUCUUCUUUCUAUCCUCUCUGAGGGCCUGGCAGUAAAUGCAUAACCUUCACAAAAGAGAAAAAAUUGAGGACCUCAUAUUUGUUUAUGCAUAACUUACAAUAAGUUAUGCAGUAAUUUAGGCUAUACAUUUACUGAAAGAAGAAUAAGGAAGUUGGACAAUUACUGCAAAACAACAGCGGGAAAAUUGUAGGAAAAAAAGACACAGCCCUGCAUUGCAAAGUGUACUUUACAUGCUGUAAAACAAAUCUUCUGUGCACACAUUUUUACAGGUAGACUGCAGCACUGCCACCUUUUCUCCACACAUUCUGGUGUUGAAUUUUUACCUUUAUAUAAUAUCGAAUAACAGUCCCAUGCAAAUGAAUAUGCACUGUACAUAAGUAUAUAGCACAAGACAGUCCCCAGUUAAUUAUAUUUUGACAAAAUCUGACACAGGAAUUAUAUAUGAUGAUAAUUCUUGUCCAUCUAAAUCAUAACAGUUUAACCUCUCAAAUUUCUGAGACUGUAAAUAUUGUACUUCAGUGAGAAUUAACAUUUUAAAGGCUAACCGGAUCUUGUCUUGUAGGAUAUAGAGGUUCUUAUCUUGUGGUUUUGUGUGUUUAGUUUAAUUGGUUGAACUCUGUACUAUUUCCUGUGCCAAAAAUCUAAUCCAGCGCUUUAACAACAGCACUGCCACCUGUAGAAGCCAAGCCCCCCCCCCCCCCCCCGUUCCUUAAAGAAAAUGACGUAACAGGACAAGGUUCAAUUCUCUAUUUUAACUCCUUAAGAGGAACAGGAAGUGGAUUCUCCUCAAGGUUCAAGUUUAAGAGCAAAUAGUAAAAAUUUUGGCACAUGACCUUAACCAACAAAAAGAGAAAUAACUCUUCAUAAAUGAGCGAUAAUUAAUGAUUAAAGUGUUAUUUUUAUAGGCCUUAUUUAAUAUAUAGACUCAACAUUAAUUUAAAGGACCCAAAUCUGAAUUGACCCCUGUCUUGUUACCAGAUUACUUCACUGAAGUCAUACAGAUUAAAAUGCAUUAUCACUUGUUAUCCUCAUAGCCAAUAUGUCAAGAUCAUGUUAGGGUCACACUUGACAAUAAAAUAGUUUCAUUUCACCUGCACAAUGCAGUCAUUUUCUAGAUACAUUUUGAAAUGUGUUAAUAAUUACAUUUUCCAUGAACUGGUAUGAUCAUAAUGCAUAAUAACUGUAUGGCUUUAGUGAAGUGCUAUAAAACUAUUUCAUGUUUGUUUUAUACUGAACGAAUUGUUUGGGUUUGUAUUUAUGUCUCUGUUUCUGUCUAAAUAGAGUUUUCUAUUUCCAUGUACCAAAAAAGAUUGUAUAUAAAAUGUCUCAAUGGAA